AUUUGGCUAAAUAAUGGCCUUCUUGUUUAUUUUAAAACAAACGAAGAGCUACAAGUUAGCCUUAGGAGUGUAACUGUCAUAAAUCAUGACUAUGGGAGACUUAAUUCUGAAAAGAAAAUCUAGAUUCUGAAGAUACGCUAAUAGUCGGCUGAGCUGUUUUGUGUUACAUCGCCUUCAGGUCAUAAAUAUGUUAGACCGAGAUAAUCUUACCACAUAGCUAGGGGUGUGCUUUUAGAAUCUGAACGAUAAGUAUGGAGAUACAUGUAAGCAUGCGUUAAUGAUAAUAAUAAUAAUAAUAAUAAUAAUAAUAAUAAUAAUAAUAAUAAUAAUAAUAAUAAUAAUACAUUCAUCACAGCUCACUUGGUAAAAACAAAGCUUGACAAUACAAAUAUAUGUUGAUGUAGCGACACGGAAAGAAGUUUUCAUGUGGUAGAAAUUAAGUGCAAUUCACUGAAGUUAAAAUACAGCCUGAUCUGUGACUGUUGCAUGCUAUAAUUUUGAAACAGAAUCCAACACAGGAUAUGUGUAUCUCAUAACCAUGGUUUAAAGUAUACAGAUGCACGACUGUGUUAAAACGGAGCGAAACGUUAUACUGUACUAAUAAGGGAGUAGGGUUUCGAGUCUUUGAAGGGUAAAAGACGAAGGCAGGUGGCACAAACCGUAUGCUUAAGUAAAGUGUGAGCGGUACACGGACUCGUGGCAUCUAGGAUUUCUCUACAGCGCUACAGUAACCCAGUAUUCGGUGCCUUGAUUGAGAUUAAAACAAACAAACAAAAAAGCUGAAAGUAAGGAGAGCCAAGAGCUAUUUACCUCCCACCCGAAUAAAAAGUAACUCGUUGCAGUACUUUAAACAAAAUAGCAACACAAACCUCAACGCUGUUCUUAAUAAACAAUGGAGAAAAUCAAAUAAAAAAAACCGCGUCAAUGCUAGUGCAUGUCAGAAAAAAAAAUACUAAAGAAAAUGAACUAAAUAAAGACAAAAAAUAAUAUUGGAAUUCUUAUUGUUCAUUAUUAUUGUUAUUAUUUUAAAUAGGUGUUUUGUUUAAGAAAGGGAAAAAGGAUUACGUAGUGUGUGUGUAUAUAUAUAUAUAUAUAUAUAUAUAUACACACACACACACAUUAAAUUAACAACAUGUUUAAUUCAUCACUGAAAAAUUAUCCUUCUUUGAUUAGUAUUGCGUGUUGGUAUACAGGGGAAAAAACAGGGUGGCUGGUUACUCAUACAGGGCUCCCUGAUGCAUGCGGUAAAGAAGCCCCUCGUGGGUGCUAUUUUGCUCUCAAGCGCUCUCUCUAUUGGUCAGCUCCUGAUCAGAUGGUCGAGUUUCCUUCUGUCCCGUGCUGGCACCUCGCCACCCCCCCUUCAGCUAAAAACUCAAUCUCCGAUAAAGUACUAAUAGCUAAACCACUUGGACUAUAAAACACAACAAAUCAUAAAGCGGCCAAACGAAACCCGUCGUAUAGGCUCCAGAUGAAUUCCUAUUUCGUAAACUCCACUUUUCCGGUGACUCUUCCCGGAGCACAGGACUCAUUUCUGGGCCAGAUACCGUUAUAUUCAUCUGGAUACACGGAUCCUUUAAGACACUACCCCGGCGCUGCCUAUGGAGCUGCCAGCAGCGUUCAAGACAAGACGUACCCUUCCCCUUACUACCAGCAGGCUAGCGGUGCCUACAGCCGGACAGCCCCCUCCGCCGCUUGCGACUACGGUGCAGCUGGUUUUUACAGAGAAAAGGACCCGUCUUGCGUGAUCUCCGGUUUGGAAGAACAUUCUCUGAUUCUGAAUCCAGACCAGAGGAAGCCGGACGCCGCGGCGCAGAAUAAAAACAUAUUUGGGGAGAGUGAAGACCAAAAAGUAGCUACUCCGGUCUAUCCUUGGAUGCAAAGGAUGAAUUCUUGCAAUGGUCCGGGCUUUGGGGGAAGUGGCCGGAGAGGUCGCCAAACUUACACCCGGUACCAGACUCUGGAACUGGAGAAGGAGUUCCAUUUUAAUCGAUACCUCACCAGGCGACGCCGGAUCGAGAUCGCCCACGCACUGUGCCUCACAGAACGACAGAUUAAGAUCUGGUUUCAGAACCGGCGAAUGAAAUGGAAAAAGGAAAACAGACUGAUCAAUUCCUCCCAAACGAGCGGAGAAGAAGAAGAAGAAAAGAGGACAGAAUCGUAAUGAAACAAAGGAGAGAACACAUAGAGAAAUGCCAACGCUCUUCCUAACCCUAAAGACUUGUAUUGAUAUUUUUUUUUUCUAUAAUUUUUCCAUUUCAGUAAAUUGGUUGUAGCAUUCCAGGUGUCAUAUACCAAUAACUUUUGUUCUUAUUUUAUUUUGCGGGCAAACGGGCUAUUCGUCGUGUUUCUUAACUCUCUGUGUGUAUAUAUAUAUAUA